AUGGGAGAAGAAGAAAAGAUUGUAGGUUAUGUCUCGAAGGUGCAUACUCAUGUCCAUCUCAUGAAAGGUUAUGGUGAAACCCUAACUGAUAAGAUGAUAGUUGAGAAGGUACUGUGUACGUUGACCUCAUACUUUGAUCAUGUUAUCAUAGCCAUUCAAGAAUCCAACAAUCUUGAAACUAUGAAACUUGAAGAUUUGGUUGGUUCGUUGGAGACAUGGAAGAAACAUGGUAGUUCUAACAAGUUAAAGGGUAAAAGAGACAAGAAUCAGAGUAAGAAGUCUUGGUCGAACCCUCAAAAGCAUAAGGUCAAUGAUAGGACUUCUGAAUCCUCCAAAAGAUGUGAAGGAAACUCGUAUCAGAAAAAAAGAAGAGAAAAAGGUGUCAAGUGCUAUAACUAUGAAAAAUGGGGUCACUUGGCUAAGAAUUAUUGGUACAAGAAAGACAAUGGAGCGAUAACAGGCAAGAAUGAAGGAGUAAACCUUGCAAGCCAAGAUUCAGAUUAUUCUGAAGAUAUGGUGAAUAUGGUUGCAGUUGCAGAUGACCAUGUUGACUCCAAAAUAUGGUUCCUCGACAUAGGUUGCUCAAAUCACAUGACUGGUAGGAAAGUGUGGUUGACAGAUUUCGACGAGUCGAAGAAGAACAAGGUCAAACUUGCAGAUAAUAGCUCGUUGCAAGCAGAAUGUACUAACAACAUAGUCACUCAAAGGAGCAAUGAAUCAAAAGUUAUGAUCAAAGAUGUACUCUAUGUACCUGGAAUGAAGUGA